UUUAAGUCAAAAUGUAUGUCGGCCACUCAGGAACAUUCAACGUAGUCUUGGUAAGCAAUUCCAGUCUAGAUUUGGUAUUGUGUUUUAGGUUAUUGUCCUGUUGAAAGUUGAAUUAAUCUCUGUAUUCAGUUUAUUUGUAUCCAAGAAAACUCCCUAGACAAGCAUAUCCAUAAGGUAAUGCAGCCACCACCAUCCCUGAAAAUAUGAAGAGAGUUACUGAGUGAUGCGUGUUGGAUUUGCCCCAAACAUAAUGCUUUGUAUGCAGGACAACAAUUUAAUUUCAAGUUUUCAGUUUUACUGAAAUGUCUUUUGCAGACAGGAUGCAUGUUUUUGACUAUUUUUAUUCUGUACCGGUUUCCCUCUUUUCACUCUGUCAUUUAGGUUCAUAUUGGAGUCAAUACAAUGUUGUUGAUCCAUCCUCAGUUUUUUCCUAUCCACAGCCAUUAAACCAUGUAACUGUCUCAAAAUCACCAUUGCCCUCAAGGUGAAAUCCCUGAGCAGUUUCCUUCCUUUCUGGCAACUGAGUUAGGAAGGACACCUGUAUCUUUGUAGUGACUGGGUGUAUUGAUACACCAUUCAAAGUGUAAUUAAUAACUUCACCAUGCUCCAAAGCAUAUUCAGGAUCUGCUUUUUAAAUUUGUACCCAUAUACAGUAGGUGCCCUACGUUGGGAGACAUUGGAAAACCUCCCUGGUCUAUGUGAUUGAAUAUGUGAAAAUUCACUACUCAAUUGAGGGACCCUACAGAUAAUUGUAUGUGUGGGGUACAGAUAUGGGGUAGUCAUUUAAAAAUCAUGUUAACCACUAUUAUUAAACACGGAAUGAGUCCGAGCAACUUAUUAUGUCACUUCUUAAGCACAUUUUUAAUCCUGAAUUUAUUUAUUGUUGCCAUAACAAAGGAGUUGAAUACUUAUUGACUCAAUACAUUUGAGCUUUUAUUUAAAAAAAUAUAUAUAUAAAGUUCUACAAACAAGAUUCCACUUUGACAUUAUGCGGUAGUGUGGGGAGAUCAGUGACACAACAUCUCAAUGUAAUCCAUUUUAAUUCAGGCUGUAACGCAACAACAAAAAAGCAAAUUAAAGCAAAAGGGUGUGCAUAAUUUCUGAAGGCACUGUAUGUAUCGGCUAUAACCUGAGAGUUACCCUCAGAAUCUAUAUUUGGUUUCCUGAAAUGUUUUUUGCUGUUUCACGGAAAUCCACCUUAAGGAGGACCUAUUCGACAAUGUUCAACUAUGUAUUAUCUAAAGCGAGAUGGGUUAUCUCCAACCAAUCAUAUGACAUUUUUCGUUUUGUGGGCGGAGUGCAAAAAUACCAUAAAACUAAAGAUAUUUCCGAUUUUUUUUCAUGAUUCCUAUUCCCUAUUCUCACUAGAACCUAAGCUAAAUCAUCACGAGCAACAUGGUUGAGUGGACAGAUGAAGAGCGCGCGGCCAUCUCCAACAUCUUCUCCAAACUAGACUAUGAAGACAUUGGCCAAAAGUCCCUGUCAAGGUGUCUGAUCGUGUACCCCUGGACCCAGAGGUAUUUCGGGGGCUUCGGCAACCUGUACAACGCAGAGGCCAUCAUGAACAACCCUCUGAUUGCUAAGCACGGCACCACGGUGCUGCACGGUCUGGACAGAGCUCUGAAGAACAUGGACGACAUCAAGAACACGUACGCCGAGCUGAGCGUUCUGCACUCCGAGAAACUGCACGUGGAUCCCGACAACUUUAAGCUGUUGUCUGACUGUCUGACCAUCGUCAUCGCUGGGAAGAUGGGCAACGCAUUUACCCCCGAAUAUCAGGCAUCCUUCCAGAAGUUCUUGUCAGUGGUGGUGUCUGCUCUGGGCAGGCAGUACCACUAGAGUCAGUCUCCAUAUAGCUGGCCGAGGAGACAGCCUGUGUGCUCAUGUGUUUCACUCUUCAAUUAAUAAAUAA